AUGGCUUCUUCAAAUGUCCCACAGAACGCCACAUCCCCGGGAUCACUGAGUCAAGCUCCUGCCGAAAAACCGUCCGCUCCGCCAGUCAAUGUGCUCCCUUCGCCGCUUGCGCAAACCUACUCCCUGGUACAUCCAUUGGUCCUUCUCGGGCUAUGCGCCUACCGGUUCGAGGCACUGGUUGCCAACCCGGCGCAGGAGCUCUUAGCAGAUCUGCCUUGGCUUGCGGCGCUUCAAUUUGUCUAUGUGAUCUGCUGCCUUCCACCAGCAGGCAGCUCGUCCAGCGAGGCCCACGUCGGAGUUGAGGACAAGAAGAAAGCAUCGCGUUCGUCCGCGGGCUCUUCAACACCUGUUCGCUCGGGAAAGGUUUUGCAUCGUCGAAAGUCUCCCAGCAAGAUCUCAUGGGCGUCGGUUUGGUCCAGAUUGAUGCCCGCGUGCCUCGCUUUCGGUCUGACCUCUCUUCUCGCUACACCGGCAAUUGCCGUGCUUCUCGUUCUCUUCGGUGCUCCAUUGACCACUCACAAUGUUGAAACAUUCCUCUGUGCCGCUCACAUGGGCCUCCUAUCCUCAACGGCGCUGGUCUACGUCCACGGGGUGGACUCUGAUAUCUGGAAAGAGGUCGGGGGGAUCUCUCGGCCUGCCGACGUUGUUUGGGGUAGUGCUCUGGGUACUGGGCUAGGUGCUUGGUUUGGAGCCAUUCCAAUUCCUCUGGAUUGGGACCGACCCUGGCAAGCCUUCCCCAUCACGAUCGUGAUUGGUGCAUACAUUGGACAUGCCCUUGGGGGUCUCAUUUCUCGAACGUCCCUCUUGUACGGAAAGCGAAUUCAGUUCGCUCCUGAACAAGUUCAUGAAGAUGAGAAGAAGACAAACUAG